CCCCCCACCAACACCACCCACCACCUCGACCACCGGAUAGGCUUCUCACGACUGACGCCCUCGCUAGAAUAUACGCCCCGUGGUGCUUUUCUGUUGCCGCGCUUGCCUGCACCCGGUCCUCCCAACGACGACGUUUCGCCCCCUCUUGUCGCCGCUGUCAGCGAGUGCCCGAAGGACACGAACGUCUGCCACCUCCCACGACCACAGAUAUACCCUCUCAGCCUCGCGAGAUACCGGAUUUCUAUUGCCUUCAUGUCCGAUUGAACAAGCGUCGACCCGUCUGCAAAUCCGUCGGCUUGCUCCUGCGCCUUGAGCCCCGACCGUGUAUCAUACACAUUUCCCAACCGUUAAGAACGUGUCGACACAGGCGCUUCUUACCUUUGUACCGAACAGCUUGUGUAGGGGCAUUUACAAGACUUCGAGCGUCGCCCGACGUCUCGCGGGAAGUUGCCUACCAUGGCCUCCUCGGAUCGCAACGCCGAGGCCGCGAGUGUCACCACAGUUCAGAAGCAGGAAAUGGAGCCUUACACCAUGGCACAUUUGUCGAUAGCUCCGGCUACCACCACAACUGUCGUUACUACCACAACCACAACCACCACUCAGUUUCCGCCGUUGUUAUUCAAACCGCCUCGGAGUCUAAGCGAACGAGACCCAAAGGAAUAUCCUCUCGCUCAUGCCCAUGCUCCCGAGUCAUUGCGUAAAUUCUGCUUCGACGUGGGAGGCGAGCAGGCUUGUUUUCAAGAGGCCAAAGACGUGACGGACACUAUCGCAGAGCAUAAAACCCUCCACGGAGAUAUCGCAAGCAGCAACGGGAAACUUCAGACAGUAGAGACGUUCACAGGCCAGCCUGCCUUUGCCACGCCGAGCCGUAUCGCACGAUCGAGCAUCAUGGCGGCUCCCCAUAUUGAUGUGCGCUCCGUAUCUGGGCGCAGGAAGCGAUCGCCGUCACCUCCCUCCAUUGCCGAAGCCGCCGAAAUCGCUAGCCUACAUCGUCGCAGCAAGAAGCCACGCACAUCGAUCCAAGACUACAAGAGCAGGAACACAGCCAAGCUCAGCUCGAACCUAACACCCGAGGAGAACGAAGAAUCAGCACCGGCCACGCCUGACACAGACGCGGGCGCGUCAAGCUCGAGCUCGUCCAAGGUACCCAGACCUGCCUUAAACGCACGACGGGCCGCGCUGAGGUCGUCAUCGCAAAACAUCCGCCGGCGGACUGCAUCACCUUCCUGGCACCUCCAAGAGUCGUUUGCCGGUCACCAAGAUGAUAAAAACAUUGUCUCUGACGACAGAACCGCGGAUGCGCUCGCGCUUCCCGCUGCCGUUGUGGAUGGUCCUGGAAUCGCUGCUACACCUCCAAUUGCGGAUACGGAUCUAGAGCCAAUUGGUCCUUUCCCGUCCAAUGAUAUCCCAUACGCGCAAGCAGGACGACCAGCACCGUUGGACAUUCUGGCGGCGCAGGAUGCCAGCUUACCUAGCCCAAGCCUAUCGCCUAUAACUGCCGCAGCCAACCUUGCCCAGCAACACUCGUUAGGGAAUGCGUACCUGGCGGAUGGAGGCGAAGAUGACUCGAACGAUGUCUCUAGUCUUGACAUCUCUGAAACGACUCUUGGUGAAAGCGAUACCGCAUCGCUGCAGCUUCUGUCGCCUAGGUCACGAAGAAUUGAGUUACCCGCUGCUAGCCACGUUAGCGCAAACCCUCAAUUACUAACCCCGACUCUCAUGGACGUUCCGACCAUGCUAGACUCCUUCGACGCUCUCCCGGAGAAGAUGAAAACUUACGUCAUGUAUCAGUUCCUUAGGAGGUGCACCAAACCUACGCUCCAUUUCGUUGCUGACGUUGUCAACCCUGCCUUGAAAUGCGACUUCAUCGCCUUACUUCCCACGGAACUCAGUCUUCAUAUCAUCAAUUUUCUCGACGUGAAGAGCAUGUGUAACGCGGCUCAAGUUUCGCGAAAGUGGCGGGAGCUGGUUGAUACUAAUGAACUAGCUUGGAAAUCGCUCUUGGACAGAGAUGGCUACAGUUUACCUGAGAACGAGCUUGAGCGGGCCAUCGCCGAGGGGUGGGGCUGGCAAUACCCGGUUUCUCGCGAGAGUUACGAGCGGGACCUUCGAAGUGACAGCACUCCGUCCCAAGGACCAGAAUCGACAGAUCUACUCGCGCUUGGUAGUCCGGAUACCGAGGGCGCAGUGACCAGGUCUUCCACCAGUCGAUCAAAGAGAAAGACAUCUACUAUGAGCAAGCAUUCGAGCAUCAAGAAGGCUCGCACUCAGAAGAAGGGCCCUUCCAGCUCUAGACAGCACGUUGCAUUCUCAUUGCUGUCUGAUAAUGCUCAACAACAGGGCCCCUUCGAGUGCGCAAUCCGAGCCAAGACAGCUCUCCCAGACCCCGGUGUUGGCCUGCGCAGCCUAAGUAAAAUGCAUCUUUACAAGUCGCUGUACCAGCGCCACCACCUUAUUCGCCAGAGUUGGAUGGACGUGGAAACACAACCGAAGCACAUAGCGUUCCGAGCCCAUCAACGCCAUGUGGUUACCUGUCUCCAGUUCGAUACCGAUAAGAUCCUCACAGGCAGCGAUGACACUAACAUCAAUGUGUAUGAUACUAAAUCAGGAGCAUUGCGGAAUCGCCUCGAAGGUCACGAAGGAGGCGUUUGGGCAUUGCAGUAUGAAGGCAACACUCUGGUAUCGGGAUCAACCGACCGAUCUGUUCGCGUCUGGGACAUUGAAAAGGGCAAAUGCACGCAAGUAUUUCAGGGUCACACGUCUACCGUCCGGUGUCUUGUGAUUCUCAAGCCUACGAAGAUUGGCGAGACCCACGAUGGGCAGCCAAUCAUUAUGCCCAAGGAGGAAUUGAUCAUUACCGGAUCUCGAGAUUCUUCGUUGAGGGUGUGGAAGCUACCCAAACCUGGUGAUAGGAGUAUCAUCCAGACCGGCCCCCCCGCGAAUGACUCGGAUAAUCCUUACUUCAUUCGCGCAUUGACCGGACACCACCAUUCGGUUCGUGCCAUUGCUGCGCAUGGCGACACUCUUGUCAGUGGAAGCUAUGACUGCACUGUUCGUGUGUGGAAAAUUUCAACUGGCGAAGUUCUGCAUCGACUGCAAGGCCAUUCCCAGAAAGUCUACAGUGUGGUGCUAGAUACGGAGCGCAACCGCUGUAUCAGUGGAUCUAUGGACAACAUGGUCAAAGUCUGGUCUCUAGAGACCGGGGCUUGUCUCUUUACCCUUGAGGGACAUACAUCACUCGUCGGGUUGCUGGAUCUGAGCCAUGAGCGACUGGUCUCAGCUGCCGCAGACUCGACUCUUCGAAUCUGGGACCCUGAGAAUGGGCAAUGCAAAAGCAGGCUUUGCGCUCACACUGGAGCGAUUACGUGCUUCCAACACGAUGGCCAGAAGGUCAUUUCGGGCUCGGACAAGACUUUGAAGAUGUGGAAUGUCAAGACUGGCGAGUUCGUGAAAGACCUCUUGACAGACCUUAGUGGGGUGUGGCAAGUCAAGUUCAACGAGCGACGGUGCGUUGCAGCGGUGCAUCGCAACAGUAUGACGUACAUCGAGGUUCUCGACUUUGGUGCUUCGCGUGAUGGGGUACCUCUGGAGCAACGAGGACGACGCAUCGUCGUCAACGCCAAAGGGCAAGAGACGGAAGACAUUGACGACCUUAUCGACGUAGACCUUGUGUAGAGGCCUGCACUCAUGAUUGGACUGACACGACUGCAUAUUCUGGACAUGUUUCAAAAGCAAAUACCCCUUCGGCCUUUAACUUGUAUUUCGUUCGGCAAGCAACAUCAGCUCGCGCGCUCGGUUAUCUUAUAUUUGUUUUCGGGAUUCGUGCGGAGGUGCUAUCAAUACCCUUUCAUUUCUAGCAUUUGCCCCGCAUUCGGGACAUGUUUAUAUGGCAUAUGGACGCGAUGAGGCGUCAAAGGGUGGUUACGUUGCAUAAUCAGGGUGUUUGGGACUGUGCUUGUUUCACGGACGGCGUUGACCGUCCUCGGUCGGAUUUCUAGUAGGCAGCGGGUCUACGCAAGACCAUAGAUGAAUACAUGCAUAUGUGAUGUUCAC